AAAUUCUUUGAAUCGACCAUUUGAAUCGUUGAUUCGAAUUUCAAAAAUUCUCAUUGGCUCCUUGCGUUUGUGAUUGAUCAACGAUUUUCAAGCAAAAACAAAAAACCCAAUUACAUAUGCCAUUUUCAAUUCACUAAGUUCAAAUUCAAUUUUUGUUUCCAAUUCAAAACAACCAACCAAACUUUUCUUGUCCUCUAUGUUUUUGUGAUUCUAUCUUCACAACGAAAAAAAAAAAAAUUUCGGUCGAUCCGAAUAUAUUUUUUUUUUUUUCAAUCGAAAAUAAUUCUGUUUUUUUUUUGCUGGUCAAAAACCAAGUAAAACUAUGAGCAUUGCUGAUCUUCUUCAAGCAGCCGAAUAUAUUGAAAGAAGAGAACGCGAAGCAGAACAUGGUUAUGCAACGCCUCUGCAACACGAUCCUAAUAAACGUCGAUCUAAAUCCAAAAAAUCAUUGGGCAGUCGAACUACCCAUAAUGAAUUAGAAAAAAAUAGACGUGCACAUUUACGUAAUUGUCUUGAAAAACUUAAAGAAAUUGUACCAUUAGGACCUGAAUCUAAUCGCCAUACAACAUUAGGUUUGUUGACCAAAGCAAAAGCUUUUAUUAAGAAUUUGGAAGAAAAAGAUAAACGACAUCAAUCAACAAAAGAUCAAUUAUUACGUGAACAAAAUUAUUUACGUGAACGUCUUGGCCAAUUACAGGAUAAUACAAAUUUUAUACAAUAUCCAACAACAAUACCUAAACAACGUAGUAUUAGUGAAUGUAGUUCAGGUGUAUCAUCAACAUCAUCAACAUCUGAAUUGGAAACAACAUCCGAAACAACAGAAUUAUUUGAGACUGCAAGAUUAUUGCAUUCAUUUGCUAAUUUCAAGGUACAAAUUGAAUCACCGGAUCAACAAAAUGGCCAAUGGCCAUCAACAUUGGCCACAACAACAACAACUGCUGCAACAACAUUGGCUAAUGAUUGUAUUGUUGGUGAACAACAACAACCUUUGAUAAUCAAUGGUUAUACUAAACAUUGAUAAUAUGAUGAAUAUAUGAUGUGAUGUGAAAUUUUCGUCAAACAAAAAUAACCGAUUUUUUUUUUGUUGAGGAAAAUCAAUUAAUCAAUCAUCAACCAAUG